GUGCGCGCCUUUGCAUUCACACUUCACACGCAUCGAAGAAGUAACUCCGCGCGUUCACAGCGUUCGUGUAGUCAGUGAACAAUUGCUAAAUCUUUCGGAAUUUAAUGAUGUAUUUUGGACUACUUAGACAACAAAUGAUUGUGACACUUUGAGCGUCAAGGACGUAAGGUCGGUGGGAUCCUUUUCCAGGAUAGUUUGGAAGCUGAUAAACGAGUUCCGGUGGUAAUGUCUUUUUUUCUGUCUGGCAGGAAGUUGGAGGUAGUUUCUUGGAAUUGAUUUUGUGCUUUGUUUUGGUCGGGAAAAGUAAUGAUUGACUAUUUGUUUCGUGCCAAGGUUUUUCGAGAUCUGGUCUUUGAAAGACCAAAGUUUGCUGUCGUUUAGUUCGGUCACGAAGCAGCCGACAUACUCAGAGAGCUGACGUGGUUUGACCCUAAUCGGCUCCCGUCACCUCUCUGCCCGUUUAUUAUUAUUAUUAUUAUUUUUUUUUAUUGUGUUCCAAAAUGGACCCCAUAAAAGUAAUUAAUUGAACGGGACACCUUAUUUGUGCACCUCCAGAUGUGUAUCCGGAACGUGUUUUGCAUGUUUUCACAACAUGUCAGCCUCCGUAGCUCCUCCAAAGGAUUGCUCCCCAUCUGAAUCCCCAACGUGACGCCCCCAUUCCUACCUAGGAGGGAACUGUCAAUUACGGACCCCCUGUGGGCAACUAAAUGGCAUCUUCCACGCAUGCGCUCUACCUGGCGGCGCGUGCCCCUGUCCUCUGAGUGAGGAGGAUGCGCGCGCGCGCACAACCACCUUGACACCUGUCAUCGCGGGCGGGAGGAGGAGAGACUCAGUUGGACUGGCAGCAAUUUUGAAGCUUUGAAGACCCCGCCAGCGUCGCCGCAAUGAGUAAAUGAACGACAGGCACUCCACUCCAUCAUGAAGGACCUGGUGGCCCUGCAGAUGACGCGGCGGCAACCCGUCCUACCGUAUGACGGCGGUGGCAGUAAACUCAAGACACCCGCUCAGCCUACUCGACAGGAGAACAUCAGGAUCAAGUUUGAGUUUUCAGGCGAGAGGCGGAUCCUCAUGUUUGAGCGACCCGUGCAGUUUGACGAAAUCCAGCGCAAAGUCAAGCUGGCAUUUGGCCAGCAGCUGGACCUCCAUUACAUGAUCAACGAGUUGUCUGUCCCGCUGCGAGGCCAGGACGACCUGGACAAGGCCGUAGACCUGCUGGACCGAAGCGCCAGCAUGAAGAGCAUCCGGAUCCUGCUGCUCGAACGGGAACGCGACAAUGCCCAGCACUUGCCUUGCACGCAAGUUCGAAUCAAAGCCUCACAGUCCACCGGAGACGUCAGUGCUGCGUACUCGUCGUCUGAGCCUAGGGGGCGCCACUUGUCCACCGGUUCCCAGAAUGCGGGGCGCAGCUCGCCGCCACCGGGCUACGUGCCGGAACGCCAGCAGAGGCUGGCCCGCCAAGGUUCCUACACCAGCGUCAACAGCGAGGGCGAGUUCAUCCCGGAGACCGGUGACCAGUGUGUUCUGGAUCCCUGGAGCAGUGCCGAAAAUUCCGUGUCUGGAAGCUGUCAGUCUCUGGAUAGCAACUCAGACAGCCCCUCCCUGAGGAAGCCUCGCACGCACAGAGCCAAGAGUUAUCCCGACAACAGACAAGAGUUCUCGGACAGGGAGAAGCAGGUUUACGAGCGCAUCGUCGGCAAGGGGGGCACGUACCCUCGCCGCUACCACAUCUCGCUUCAUCAAAAAGACCUCAGCGAAGGGCGACGCACCUUUCCUCGCAUCCGUCGCCCGCAAGUGAACCUCUUCACCCUGGUGCCUUCACGCCGCUCGCUCAACGGCAGCGAAGAAAGCAUCGGCAGCCGGCAGCCGAUGGACGGCCGGGGCAGGCUCCGACCGCCGCAGGAACGCCCCGUCGCCCGUAAAUCGCCCAGUGCUCCCGUGACAUGGCGGCGGGGCAAGCUCCUGGGCCAGGGGGCCUUUGGGCGGGUCUACCUGUGCUACGACGUGGACACGGGACGGGAGCUGGCCGCCAAGCAGGUCCAGUUUGAUCCUGACAGUCCAGAGACAAGCAAGGAGGUCAGCGUCUUGGAAUGCGAGAUCCAGCUGCUGAAGAACCUUCGCCACGAGCGCAUCGUGCAGUACUACGGCUGUCUGAGGAACCGCACCGAGAAGACCCUCACCAUCUUCAUGGAGUACAUGCCCGGCGGUUCUGUCAAAGACCAGUUGAAAGCUUAUGGGGCGCUGACGGAGAGUGUGACCCGAAAGUAUACCCGUCAGAUCCUGGAGGGGAUGUCCUAUCUCCACAGCAACAUGAUUGUGCACCGAGACAUCAAAGGGGCCAACAUUCUGCGAGACUCUGAGGGCAACGUCAAGCUGGGUGACUUUGGGGCCAGCAAGCGCCUGCAGACCAUCUGUAUGUCCGGAAACGGCAUACGCUCCUUGACCGGCACCCCCUACUGGAUGAGUCCCGAAGUUAUCAGCGGGGAAGGCUAUGGCAGGAAGGCCGACGUCUGGAGUCUGGGCUGCACGGUGGUGGAGAUGCUGACGGAGAAGCCCCCGUGGGCCGAGUACGAGGCCAUGGCGGCCAUUUUCAAGAUCGCCACGCAGCCCACCGAGCCUCUGCUGCCGGCGCGCACCUCCGAGCAGGCGCACGACUUUGUCCGGCGCAUUUUUGUGGCGGCCGAGCGACGGCCCGGCGCCGAGGAGCUGCUCGCGCACCCUUUCUCGCAGGAGUAACUUGGAUGGAGCGUGUGGCAAGGGGGCAGGUGGGCUGUGCUAAACAAAUGCUGUCGCUGCUUCAAACUUGAAAUGUCUUUCAUUUGCACUGCAGUGACAUGCACCCGACUGGGGAAUUGAGGGCUUGCGUAGUGUUGGAAAAGGCAGUAGAAGGUUGUUUGCGCCAUGUAACCAGGAAUGAACCUGCUGCCCUUGUUACUGGAUGCAGUGUACAACAUCACCACUUGAGGUCGCCAAAUCCUCUUUAUGGUAACCUUAAUGGAGGCUGAUGAUCACAUUUCUAUGUUAGUUUAGAGUUUCAAGGACAAAGGCCGUAAGAACAAAGCUUUAACAGUCAAACGUUAUCUAACCAGAUGCACUUUCUUUAAAAACAAAAAAAAAAAGAAUGUCAUCAAUUCGAUUUGUAUUUACUUUAAAUGUGAUUUUUUUUUUUUAUGCACCUAUGCCUGCUCACUUGGAUUUUAUAUAUUUUAUACUGGAGUAGGUGGUAUUUUGAAAAAGAAUGGGUAGAAAGCAGCUGGUCUUGCAAAUGUGCCAAGGAUACAUAUCUCCUUUCUUUUUAUUUACAUGCAGGGGGGAAAAAACUGGCUGGCCGGGUUCUGUUCGGGGACACGGACAACAUUUCGAUCGAAUGACAUUGUUAAAAAUGGACAUUUGAAUUUGCAUUCUCACUUUUCAGAUAUACUUCAAGAGCAUGCCGGAUGUUUGACGAUUGAGCCAAAUGACGACUAUGUUCACCAUGGCCAUGCGGCGGCCGCAACAUUAGGUAUACCUGCACCAUAUCAAUUGUUUUAUAAGCUAUCCAUAACCACAAUAAUAACAGAAAAUGUUUCCGAUAAAAUGGUUAUUUUAAAGUGCAAUGCAAAUGAAGUUGCAUUGAGAAAGCAAUGAUAGCAUUUCAUUUUGGAUGAGUAUUCAAAGUUUGAGUCAUUAGCAGGUGUACCUAAUGUUUUGCCUUGUGGCUGAAUGUAGAGGCUAGAUGCUCAAAUGCUUUAUGAACAUGAGCUAGUUAACACAUUUCUAUAUGAUGUCCAUGUAUUUAUCGACGUGACGAGACUUGCCGUGCAAGGUCAAAAUGUAUUUUACACAAAGCAGAGUUGAAUUCAUUUCAUGUCUAUCUACAAAGACAUCAAGUGUCUUCUAGAAUAAAAGAAAUGGUUUUGGAAAAGGGCUGGUUGUGUUUUGUUUGAUCGUUAAUGACAUGAAAUUGGGCUGCGGCGUUACUUGGAUGAAAACAAAUGGAGACGGUCUUGAAGUUUAAACUCUCAUGAGUGUGCAUUAUGAAAUGCCUGAAAAUGCGCACUUGCCUCUGGAAAUGAGUAAUAAGCAACUGUAUUAUGAU